UAUGAAGAUUUGUAUUGUUGGAGCAGGAGUAAUUGGCCUAUCAACAGGACUUUGUAUAAAAAAUUUACUACCAGCCGCACGAUUAACAAUAAUUGCUGACACUUUUAAUCCUGAUACAACUUCUGAUGUUGCCGGAGGUGUAUGGGAACCUCAUUUUGUAACCUAUCCAGAUAAACAGGAAUUAUCUAAAUGGCAGAAAACGACCUUCAACUAUAUAUUCGACCUGAGUGUUAGGCCUAAUGCACAUGAGUAUGGUGCAUUUAUGUGUCCCUCGCUGAUCUUAGAGUCUGACAAAGUUGAAAAGCCUGAUUGGAGUGACAUUGUAGUUGGAUUCAACAUUCUAAGUAAGGACGAAAUUAAGAGAAGAACUGGAGUAGAAUACGAAACUGGAUGGACUUUCAAUACCUUGGUUUUGGAGGGAUCUAAAUAUUUGCCUUACUUAACAAACGAAUUGAGAAAACAGGGAGUUAAUUUUGAGAAGAGAAAACUUAAUAGUCUAGAAGAGUUAACCAACUACGAUGUUAUAGUGCAUUGUACAGGAUACGGUGCUAGAAAAUUGGUUGGAGAUGAUAACGUUGUUGGCUACAGUGGCCAAGUGAUAAAAGUUGAUGCUCUUCAUAUGAAAUACUUUAUAACCUCCCCUACAGCUUACGUUAUACCAAGGAGCGACGGAUUAAUAAUGGGUGGUACCCUAAUUGAAGGUGACGAAUCUAGAAUUCCAGACGAACAACAUACAAAGAUGAUUUACGAAGAUUGCUGUAAACUCUUACCCCAACUACAUGGAUGUAAAAUUCUAAAGGUUUUAAAAGGAAUUAGACCUUAUAGAAAGAACGGUGUUAGACUUGAAAAAGAAGUUAAAAUUAUCGGAUCAAAAAAGCUUAAUAUCGUACACAAUUAUGGUCAUGGUGGAAAUGGCGUAACUCUUCACUGGGGUUGUGCUCUACGUGCUGCCAGUUUAGUAAAAGAAUUUCAACAGGAAAACUUAUGA